AUGGGGGCAGUGAUACGAUCUGGGGUUGCUGCAGUUGAACCUCUCACCUCUGUGUUAGAACCUCUCACCUCUGUGUUAGAACCUCUCAGCCCUGUGUUAGAACCUCUCACCUCUGCAGGACUCUGUGACUCUGUGUUAGAACCUCUCACCUCUAUGUUAGAACUUCUCAGCUCUGUGUUAGAACCUCUCACCUCUGUGUUAGAACCUCUCACCUCUGUGUUAGAACCUCUCACUUCUGUGUUAGAACCUCUCACUUCUGUGUUAGAACCUCUCACCUCUGUGUUAGAACCUCUCACCUCUGUGUUAGAACCUCUCACCUCUGUGUUAGAACCUCUCACUUCUGUGUUAGAACCUCUCACCUCUGUGUUAGAACCUCUCACCUCAGUGUUAGAACCUCUCACCUCUGUGUUAGUACCUCUCAGCUCUGUGUUAGAACCUCUCAGCUCUGUGUUAGAACCUCUCAGCUCUGUGUUAGAACCUCUCACUUCUGUGUUAGAACCUCUCACCUCUGUGUUAGAACCUCUCAGCUCUGUGUUAGAACCUCUCAGCCCUGUGUUAGAACCUCUCACCUCUGUGUUAGAACCUCUCACCUCUGUGUUAGAACCUCUCAGCUCUGUGUUAGAACCUCUCACCUCUGUGUUAGAACCUCUCAGCUCUGUGUUAGAACCUCUCAGCUCUGUGUUAGAACCUCUCACCUCUGUGUUAGAACCUCUCACUUCUGUGUUAGAACCUCUCACCUCUGUGUUAGAACCUCUCACCUCUACAGGACUCUGUAACCUCUCACCUCUACAGGACUCUGUGUUAGAACCUCUCACCUCUACAGGACUCUGUGACUCUGUGUUAGAACCUCUCACCUCUGUGUUAGAACCUCUCACCUCUACAGGACUCUGUAACCUCUCACCUCUACAGGACUCUGUGGCACGCGGGACGCUGUCGUCACGUAGAACUACGUUUCCCAUGAUCCUCCGCGCUGUUGCUGCUGCUGCUGCUGCAGCCUCACUGAUCUGUUUACUGAGCUGCGGACCUGAAGGAGGACAGGCGCUCUUGUCCCGCCGCGAGGACAGGUGUGCUCACCCCGUCGACAGCGCUGGUCUUUUCUCCUUCAUGACGUUUCAUUGGCUGACUCCUCUGGCGAUCCUCGCCCGCCGGAAAGGACGGCUCCUAUUGGACGACAUCUGGCCCGUGUCACCGCGUGAGGAAUGCACCCUGCUGUGUGUCAGGUUGGCGUCUCUGUGGGAGGAGGAGCGGAGGUCAAAGGGCAGCGAAGCGUCUCUCAGCGCCGUCGUUUGGACCUUCUGCCGAACACGACUCCUGCUGUCCAUCCUCUGCCUCACCGUCACACAGCUGGCAGGGUUCAGCGGCCCGGCCUUCGUGGUGAAGCGGCUGCUGGACUACUCCCAGCGGCAGGAGUCUGAUCUGGGCUUCGGGCUGCUGCUGGUUCUGGGUCUGCUGGGGACGGAGCUGGUCCGGUCCUGGUCUCUGGCUCUGACCUGGGCCCUCAACUACCGGACCGGGACGCGGCUCCGAGGGGCCGUCCUCAGCCUCGCCUUCACCAAGAUACUGCGGCUCCGCAGCGUGAGGGACAAGUCCAUGGGACAGCUGGUGAACCUGUGCUCCAGUGACGGCCAGCGUAUGUUUGAGGCAGCAGCGGUGGGGGGGCUCCUGGCCGGCGGCCCCCUGGUGGCGGUUCUGGGCGUUGCGUACAACCUGUUCAUCCUGGGCCCGACGUCUCUGCUGGGCUCGGCCGUCUUCAUCCUGUUCUACCCCACCAUGAUGUUCAGCUCCAGACUGACGGCGUACUUCAGGAGGAAAGGCGCCGCCGUCACCGACCGGCGCGUCCAGAAGAUGAACGAGAUCCUGACCUACAUCAAGUUCAUCAAGAUGUACGCCUGGACCCAAGCCUUCUCUCAGGACGUCCACCGGAUCCGCGGGGAGGAGCGCCGGAUCCUGGAGCUGACCGGUUACUUCCAGAGCAUCACGGUCGGCGUGGCUCCCGUCGUCGUGGUGAUCGCCAGCGUGGCGACGUUCUCCGCUCACAUGUUGCUAGGAUACGACCUGACAGCCGCUCAGGCCUUCACUGUGGUGACGGUCUUCAACGCCAUGACCUUUGCCCUGAAGGUGACGCCCUUCUCUGUGAAGUCUCUGUCGGAGGCGUCUGUGGCGGUGGAGAGGUUCAAGAGUCUCUUCCUGUUGCCGGAGGUUGACGGCGUCCGUGCGUUGCCUGGUGAUCCUCAGGUUGCCGUGGAGAUGAGAGGAGCCAGUCUGGCGUGGGAAGGAGGCGGGCAGAGCGCCCAGCCGAGCCCGAGUGUCCGAGCAGCGAGCCGACACAAACACAGAGACAAGUACGAGACCUUCACUGUCUGUUAG